AUGGGCUACACUGCUAGCAAGAAUGACAGUUCACUUUUUUCCAAGAUGUCUUCCUCCUUAUCUUUAUUGCUAGCUGUGUAUGUUGAUGAUAUUCUCCUGGAGGGAGAUGAUGAUUAUGAAAUUUCUGCCCUCAAGAACUUCUUGGAUGCUCAGUUUAAAAUUAAAGAUCUUGGUUGUGUCCACUACUUUCUUUGUCUUGAAGUGCCCAAAGUUCCUCUUAGGUAUGUGGUCAAUCAACACAAGUACACACAGGAUCUCCUUUCAGAAUUCCAUUGUGCUGAUGCCAAGCCUGCUUUGACUCCCCUUGAUCCUCAUCUGAAACUGUCUGUUGAUUCAGGGGAUCCCAUGUUGAUCCUUCCUUGUAUAGAAGACUUAUUGGGAAGUUGA